UUAUUAUAUCUUCACCCUGGCCUUCUUGGUUUAUCUUGCAUUUGUACCGUUACGUAGUUAUGACCUAUUUCAUUAUUUUACCAAUCAAUGAGUGUUGAUAUUGGUUGGUUUAUAAACGAGGAAUAGGCGAUACAAUUUUAGUCAGAUCUACGAAUGCCAGGUUCGGAUAGAAUGAAAAGAGGAGGUGGAAGGUGUAGAUGUAAUUAUUACCGGAUUUCUUCAGUUGUUGUCAUGUCUUUUCUUAUACUCUUCGUGUAUUGGGCAAUGUUUACCUCACCCAGUGUCGAUGGACACAAACAACAACUUAAUCGUUUUACUGAAAGAAAACGCAAUAUGAUAUUAAAAGGAAUGCAGGGGAACAGAUUAAAUAACUUUGAUGAAACCGUUAGACAGUUUCAGGGUAAUAACGGGGAUUCUAGACCUAGGAUGGAUGUCAUUCCUAAACAAGAGAACCUCCGAAUAGACGAAGCUGCCACUACAAAUAAUAGAGACAAUGGUUUCAAAAUACCCGACGCUAUUGGACAGAAAGGUACAGGCAAUAGCGGCGAACGUUUGUACAAAUCCAUGAUAGAUUUUGAGCUAAACAAAAAAGAACCAAAAAGUUCCGAGUUAUUUAAAGAAAAUGAUCCAUCAGCCACUGUGGUUAGCCCUAAUAGAGAGAGUGGCAAUGAACCCCAGAACAACCAGAACAGUCAGCAAGGUAAUGAUCAGAUGAACUUAGGGACUAGAAGCCGAUUCAUACCACAACCUGCGGGACAGAACACUGGACCGGACGCACCUCAAGUAAUUGCUGAUACCCCAGCUAUUGGCAGUAACACGGCUGUUGGAGAUCAGAACGGCUCAGGUGAUAAAUGGAUAAUUAUAACAACCAUCCAGUACCCAACUGAAGAUGUUAAAUUCUUAGCUAAACUAAAAGGAUGGCAAGUUGUUGUAGCUGGUGAUACCAAAACACCAACUGAUUGGACAUUUCCAAACUGCCACUACUUGAGUGUAGAGAAACAAAAAACACUGGGAUUUGAAACAGUUAACCUCCUUCCCGUCAAGUCUUACUCAAGAAAAAACGCUGCCUACCUAUACGCCAUUGCUCAUGGCGCUCGUAUUAUAUAUGAAACUGACGACGACAACAGACCUUUGGAUUUAUUGAAGCACUUUAUUUAUGAACCUAAAAUGUCUGGUUUGAAAUUUGCUGGUGGAAAAAUCUUCAACCCUUAUAGACAUUUUGGCCAGCCUACUUUAUGGCCCAGAGGUUAUCCACUUGGAUAUAUUGGUGGUAAUUUUACCGAUAAGUAUGAGCUUGGUGUGUUUAAAACACCAUCCAUUCAACAGGGAGUCGUCAAUGGAGAUCCCGAUAUGGAUGCUAUUUUCCGGUUAACACGAAAGAGGACCACCGAAAUGUUGAAUGUAUCAUUUGAUGGAUAUGCCCCACCUGCCAUCUUACCACCUGGAGUUUUGGUGCCUUUUAAUUCCCAGAAUACCCUUUUCCUUCAAGACGUUUUGUGGGCUUUGGUUCUCCCCACAUCCGUUACGUUCCGAGUAACUGAUAUAUGGCGUGGUUAUUGGAUUCAAAGACUCAUGUGGGAAAUUGAUGCCAACUUAGGAUUCUUCGGACCCAAUGCCUUCCAAAAGAGAAAUUCGCAUUCUUAUGUAAAAGACGCCCAAGAUGAAGACAUGUUGUAUUUCAUGACCCACGACUUAGUGGACUUUUUAUUGGAAUGGAAAUGCGACCAAUCUUUGAAGUUUUUUGCGUGUGCAGUGAAACUGACAGAGGAUAUGAAUAAAAAGGGAUUUUGGAAAGGGUCGGAUGUAGAAUUAAUAAAAGCCUGGUUUAAUGAUUUGACUAAACUCAAUUAUAAAGAACCCACAAGAAAACCUUUUAUGAUGCAAUUCGAACUUAAUUCCCAGCCAAACCAAGAUACUUCCUCAGAGGUAACCAGUCUGAUGUUUACUGCAGGGGAGAUGUUUCCUCCAAUGUACUAUGAUAGCAAAUACAUCAUUAGCUCUUACUGGAACCGUGUUCAGGGCAUCCUCAAAUUCUGCGACCGGUCCGAUUUCUCGUUAAACAAGGCAUCAUUUGAGCAGCCGACAUUCCCAGAAAUUGUUUUGGUGGUUGUGUUCAAGGAUACAUCUUAUGACGUCAUCCCAAAUCUGAAUAUGUUGUAUGCAUCAAAAUUUCCUCAUAUCGUUUACUGUGGAAGUGAUAUCUCAUCAUAUCAAAAGUCUGCAAAAUCUUUCACUGAACCCUUUACGUUUGUGGAAGCCAACGUCCAAAGGGGUUACUAUAAUUAUCGAUGUCUGUCAAAAGCUAUGGAAAUGGGAUACCGUGUUAGCGGCUAUAUGAUGAUUACCAGCGAAACCUUGCUUAAUCCUUGGACCAUCGAAACCAUGCCUCGUGAUAGAAUUUGGGUAGACCAAAGUAAAUAUCUGAGUCCAAUCCAGCAGACCACAGAAACACUGAACAACUGGCCGGCUUGGUCCUCAACGGCUGGGAAGACGGCUUAUAACAAAGCCGUGCUUUACAUAUCCGAAGAAAGUCAGCGUAUUCCUUCUGUGACUUCGUAUUUCACUUUCAAAAAAAAUCUGCUUAAAAACUCCAACUUUGAUGACGGUCUUUUUAUUGGACUUUCCGACGUUUUUUAUAUUCCAACACAAUACAGUGCUACCUUUGCAACGUAUUUGGAUAUGUUUUCUAAAUAUAAUGUCUUUCAUGAGGUUGUCGUGCCUACAGUGAUAUAUGGACUUGAGUUAAAAAUCAACACGUUGCCGUUGUCUGGAAAAUACAUGUUCUAUGACAAUGAAAAGCAAAAUUUCCAACAAUACUUCAAACCUGAACAAACAUUCUUAAACCCAAUCAAUGUUCAGGAAAAACUGACAUCCAAGGAGGGUGCCAGUUUCUUCUGUAGCAUUUAUUUACCCAAAAUUCUCGGUAAAACGCCAUAUUCUGGACUUUUUAGACGAAACAAUUUUUAAGUUGUGGAUUGUUGUUUUCUUUUGUAUCUAGUUUAGUUCUCUAUUACGUGGGACUGUAUAUCUCAAGGGUUCUGUUUAAAGACAUGGUUAUUUCAUUAUGUAAAUAAACUGGGUCAGUUUAAAUUCAAAUUAAAUAUAAUACUGACAGAAGCACCAGCAUAGUUAAAGUUACAAUUUCAUAUUUUUAAGUUAUAUUUUUAAAAUGUAUUAAAAUAAAGCCUUAAAAUAGAUGGUAUCCAUAAACAGUCCUACCUUGUUAAAGAAUAAUCCUAAUCCUAUAAUUCACUAUUGCCAGCUGAGAAAUUGGCAAAAAUAUCAUUUUCAGCUUCAAAUUCAAACUUUUAAACAUAGCUAUUCCAUGGAGAUAAUAGGAAAACAAGGGAGGUAAUUGUGUUAUUUCCUGUGUCAAUGAUUUUUAAGGGUGGGAAAUAAUGCCCAUGGUCGUAUAAUAGUGAGUUGAUAACCUAUUGAGCAAAAGACAUAGAAAUAAUUGUUUUGACUUUCUUAGUAAAUAUGAAAUUGUAACUUUAAUGUUACACGAAAGCUGGACUUUUAUAAAAAAAAAAAAAUAAAAAAACCCCCCAAAACCAAGUGAUUGAACCAUUUUCUUUUUGGUGAACAUAAUUAUUUGUCAGAUUAACAUUUUAAAAUUGCAAGCUAGAAAACAGCGGAUGCAAACUUGGACUGUUGAGCACAAAAUCAAUUAUUUCUCAACUUUGAAUUUAUCGGUAGACCUAAAAUUUAAUGAACACCAAUACCCACUUCGAAAAAAUAAUCAACAGAUCAAACCGAAGUUUAUUUUUCACCAAAUCGAUGAAGUCGAAUCACUUUAAGAAUGCAUGACACUUUUUGCGUCUAAUAAAUGAUUUAGAUGAACUUAUUGUCAUUCCAAAUUUUGGGUUUUGUGGAUCUCUUUUUUUUGUGUGUUCAUAAAAAGUUACAGUGAAUUUUAUUAUUACUGUUUUAUACAUUAAAUGUUAUUCUUGCAUUUAGCACAUUGUAGAUUUCUAAUAUAUUUUGAACUUUGGAUUAUUUCUUGUUGAUGAUAGUUUUACAUGUAAAUCGUUUUAUAGCAAUACCAUGCCUUGCCAAUAUUAGUAAGUUGACAAAAAUGUCAAAUGGUGGCAUUAAGGCAUGAUAAAACAAAAUGUAAAUCAUUUACACCUUAUCUGUUCAUUUCUAUUCGAAAUGGCGCGAGGGUUUUUUUAUGAUAUGGGUUAUGCAGCUAUGUUAAGGUAAAUAUUGGUAGAAUCGUUAACAGCUAUUAUAAAAAGUUCAAUAUAUUUUAAUUUAAAGUCUCCGUUUAAGUUACACGGCUGAGUUCACAAAAAUAUGUGCAUAAUCAUGAAAACAUAAUAUACUGUACACAAAGCAUAAAGUUCAAUGAAGGUAUAUCUUUAUGUAGGUAAUAAUUGUUUGUAUACAAUAGGAGUUCGUUGUAUUAAAUUUGCAUAAUGAGAUUUAAUUAUAUAUAAGAUGUAUUAUAAUAUAUAUAAAUAUGUAUGUAGAUCACCCACCAUAAGCAUACAUGUAUCACCUUACAUGAUUGUUUCAAACAGCACAAUCGUGCUCGAUCACUUAAUAUUAUAGUCGCUUAUUUAUAACAAAUUAUAUCAAAGGGAAUCUGUUUUAUUUGUUCGCCAUAUAUCGUUAAUUCAUGAUAACAAUGUUUAAUAUUAUAUAUGAAAUCAAAUUGUUCGUGUAAAUGUAACCGUUAUGUUUUGUGUUCAUGUUUAAACUGUUUUUUUUUUCACGUAUUCAUUUAAAUAAAAAGUUUUAAUAAAUCAAAA